AUGAGCAGUAUCUUUAUAACUGGCGUUACCGGCUUCAUCGGUGGAGAUGUGCUGUACGGCCUCACUCAGACAUUAGCAGCUUCCAAAAUCGUUGCACUUGUGCGCAACCAAAGUCAAGCAGCUGCGGUUACUGGCCGCUUUCCAACCGUGACUCCACUCCUUGGAGACCUUGACUCUAGCGUGGAGAUCCAGCAGGCGGCGUCCCAGGCUGACGUUGUUCUUCACCUGGCAAGCUCAAGCCAUGAGGCUAGUGCCAAAGCCAUCGCUGAUGGCAUCAACAACAGCAAGCAGCAACACCCGACAUGGAUUCAAAUUGCCGGCGCGAGUAUGCUGGCAGGCUCAGAAGUUCAAUCCAAGACAUUCGGCCAGCCUGGAUCCAGAGUCUACAACGAUCUGCAAGGCAUUUCAGAGAUCCACGAUAUCAUCGGAAACUCCCCGAAGCGUGUUGUGGACCAUCUGGUUCGUGGCCUCGGCUCCAGCAAUCCCAAUGCUCGCACGGCCAUCGUAUACGGGCCUCUCAUUUACGGCAAGGGAAGAGGACCCGUCAAUCAACGGAGUAUCCAAAUUCCACACCUCGCUCAAGCAUCUUUGAAGGCUGGAAGGGGUCUCCGCGUGGGCCGAGGCCUCAAUACUUGGAACACAAUCCACAUCGCGGACUUGACCAACCUGUUUGUGAAGUUAGCCUGUGAAGCUUCCAAGCCCAAGAAUCAGCAGCUUUGGAACGAGAAUGGUGUGUAUUUUGCUGAGUCGGGAAAGAUUGCCUUUGGCGAUAUCGCCAAGAAAAUCUCGACGUUCGCUCAUUCACAGGGAUUCAUGAAGUCACCCGGAGUGGCUGAGAUUGACGCAACUACUGCUGACAGGCUGACUCCCCAUGGCUCAGUAAUCUGGGGUACCAAUGCGCAGUACCAAGCGAUCCGGGCUCGAGAGCUGCUUGGUUGGUUCCCGCAAGCACACGGAAUUGAUGAAGAGAUUCCACGGGUAGUCUCGUCUGAGGCGGCAUCGUAUCAAGCCAGGCCAGCUGAGAAGUUGGUUUGA